CGCGUUGAUAAUUCAGUCGCCGUCUUUAUCUCGCCUGCAGAGUACCGUCAUGCUGUUACUAGCUAUACGGGUGUAGCGUACGCAUCAGUAAACUAUUCAGUUUUGUGUUUUGCCAAGUUGGAGUCGAUCCGAAUUAGACUCGCUACAUGUGUUUAGUGCGUGUACGUCAAAAGUGAUCGUCAAUUUUUACGAUUUGUACCUAAAGUGACUUAUUCAUUUAUUACGAAAAGUGAAAAAUGGCUCUAUAUCACAGUGAUCGCCGUUCCGGGCGCACAUUUAUUAGAUUCAGAUAGACUUUGAAAGUUGUGAAGUUUUAAAUCGGGGCAAGGAGUGUGUUGUAGAAAUAUUUGUGCAUUGUUGAUUUUUUGUUAUCGGUGCAGCGGCAGACCUAAAUUAAAAAAUGAUUGCAACGAGAGGUCGUGUUGUUGAUGUAAUGGUGUGGGCGCUGCUGGCGUGCUUGACGGCGCACCUGCAGCUCACGGAGACCAGGAUGGAGGAGGUCGACUCUAAAUACAAAAGUAUGGAGGCGCACCCACAGUCAACAGAGAACCCAAAGCCAGAGCCUCCUCGCGUAGAGACGAGGCUGGGCCAAUGCUUCCAUCUAUCGCGCAAGGAUUGCCCCACGGACGGGAAGUGCAAGCGACUGGAGCCCGACUCCGUGUUCUGCUGUGACGUCGACAGCUUCCGUCUGAAGGAGGCUUUAGCUAUCACCAUGACGCAAAACACGACGCACCUCCACGUCCUGAACGCGACGAUCUCCGAGCUGGACGUGUCGCAGUCAAUCUUCCGGCGCCUCACGUCCAUGGCGCUCACCGACGGAAACAUCGGCAAGAUCACUGGUCAGUUCCCAAAGUACUCCUCAAUCGCUUGUCUGAAUAUAUCCAACAACAACCUGAGCAGCGCAACUCUUCAGCCGCCCAUCCAGCGGCCCUUCGCUUACCUCUUCAACCUGACAUUACUUGACGCGUCCACGAACAACCUCACCGAGUUCCCACUGAGUUUGGUGCAGAGCAACCGGAAAAUAUCCGUGGAUUUAUCUGGCAACAAUUACCUCCCCUGCAAGCACUUCCUCAAAGUAAUGGAGACGAACAACAGUUCGCUGGUGACGUUCCUGAACUACGACAAGACGUUCUGUGCGCUCGACCUGCGCUUCAACUGGUUCAAGGACGUACUCAUUGUUCCCAUCGACCAUCUGAGGGUGCAGAAAGAGCUCAACAUCAGCUGCCGCGACAUCAAGCCAGCGGGCAGCAACUGCACGUGCGUGCCCGACCGGCUCGAGCUGGUGGACGGCGUCAACAACGUGGUGGCGGUGCUGGUGGACUGCUCGCAGCGCCACCUGAAGGAGAUGCCCACCAACCUGCCGCCCAACACCGCGAGGCUCAACGUUUCAUACAACAACAUAACAUCCCUGCAGCCCGUGUCGGACCAGAGCUACGAGCACGUGCGGCAACUGUUUGUGGACCACAACGACAUCGCUAACAUCGUGGACCUGGAAGGCACUAAGUUCAUAGAUCACUUCAUGGUCUUCUCCAUCGCCCACAACAAACUCAAGACGAUCCAUACAUACAUUCUGUCCGAUCGUUUCGAGACGGUGGGUCCCUCGUUGUUCAUCUCCGGCAACUAUAUUCAUUGUGACUGUAACACUGAAAAAGUACUCAAGCCAUGGCUGCUCGAACAUUUCAAAAACAUACCAGACUACAAAGGCCUGAAAUGCGAAGACAACAUGGGCGGCGUGGUGGACCUGCGCGAGUCUCAAGUGUGCCACACACCCAGAGACUGGACUGACUAUAUCUACUACAUCAUAGGCCUAGAAGUUCUCAUACUAGUACUGUUAAUAAGCAAAGUCUCGUACGACUAUUGGGUGUUCAAAACUGCUGGGUACCUUCCCUGGCCGGCGAAUAAGAUGCCUCGGCUGCCGUGCGAUUGGUUAUGCGAAUAAAUUAUAUAUUAGGAUCUUUAAAAAGUUAUGUGAUACAUUGAAUGUUUAAGGAGUUUUUCUGAAAUAAUUAAGAUCCGCAAGGUCAUCUACGUAGGCCUAACCAUUAUCAAGCUGAAGUGGCAAUGAUCAAGCCGUGCUUGUCGUAUAGGAUGGUCGAAAAGUCCUCGAGUAGAGACGGAGUCAAAGGUCAAAUAUUAACGAACCCUAAUUAGGGCAACCCAAAGUAGCUUGGUAGUCUUUAACUUUAAGAGUUUAUAAAUGCCUGAUAUGCAACUGACUCUUUAGGGUGAAAUCUUUAGAGCGCACUCUGACUUAACUGAGACUUAAGGCAAAGUUUUUUUUCUCUCUCGUCGUCGUCGUUUUUUUCGUAUGACAGAGUUAGAUUUAUAUUUUAUAUCUACCUAUUCUACAUAAAUCUGUAACACUGGCAUAAGUCUGAGCAAAGCCAAAGUGCGCUCUAUAAAUAAGGACGAUUACGCGCUGCAUCCGAUCCGAAUCCGUGAAAAGUUCCGAAG